AUGAAUAAAGUAGAUCAAGUCAUUGGUUACAAAAAGUACGAGGUAAAACUCCCCAAAGACCGACAGAUAACGAAGAACAGAUCAAAAGGUGGAAAUGUUGAGCAAAAUGACAUUAAAAGGGAGAGGGAUAAUAUGAGAACCUUUGGUGAAGAAAGAAAGAAGUUUUUAGAGAAAAUGACUAAAAACAAAAGGAAAAGUACAAGCAGAAAAGAUAAAGAAAAGCCAAAAGAGACGGAAAGGGAAAACUACAAAAGAGAAGACAAGAAGUUAAAAGAACAGAAGAAACUGUCAAUAUCAAGAGAAUUCCGUUUCAAAGAACCGCAUUUGGCAGCCAUUAAUCAAAGCACGGCAGCUAAAAAUCUUAAAUCCAAACCUCAACCUGGACUAGAUUUUGACGUAGACCAUCAAACCGAGGACAAAAUAAUGAUAGAUCAGGCUGUACAAACAUCUAGUCCUUUGAAUGUCCAACUGUCGGAACUGUUCAACGAUAAUAUCCUCAACGUCCCUAAAGAUAGUAGGUUUGUUCUCCAAGACACAGAGUUCACCUCCUGGGAACGUCGUUGGUCGAACUGCAGCACGACCAGUAAUGCGACUACAGUUUCAUCAGUUCCUGACCCCAAAAACAAUAUCAACUACAGGGAUCUACCUUCCUUCAAUUCAAUAGUGCUAAUUACCCAAGAUCAUAACAUCUUUGCGUCAUCUAAUAAUCAGCGUGACGGAGCUAAAAAACUACUACAGCAAGAGAUGGAGUACUCAAAUAAGGUCAAGAGUAUCACCCUCGGGCUCGAAGCACUUUGUAUGGAUGAAAAACUAAUUCCAGAUGCAGAAAUAAUCGGCCGACAAGCGUCGCGCUGGUCAGAGUUUCCCACUUGCUGUGACCAAGCUCUUAUUUAG